UAAGCCAUAUCGGAAAUUAGUUAUUAAAAUUUACGAUCCGGGGUGUAAAUUUAUUGUAUAAUAGUUGACAAACUAUUAAUAUCAAUAAUAAUUAUUAAUUGUGUUUAAAAUGUUUGUGCGUAUAUAGUUGAUUGACCGGUUAAGGCAGGUGUAGGUACUGUAUUCUUAUAUACUUCAUACAUAAUAAUUCCGCUACUAUGGCAGAGUAUCAGGAAUACAAUUGGCGAACUAACAAUGUAUUAAGUGAGCCAACCGAUAAUAAGACUGUAUAUAAGAAUUACACAGCGAAAGACCGGGAAGUUGCUGUCAACGCUUUAAGGAAUCUUAUGAUCAGUUGUGACGAUUGUGAAUUAAGGCGCUAUUCAGGAGAAGACGAUAAGCUGCUUCAAAAAAUGUUAUUUGCCAGAAACUUUGUUCUGGAAGACAGUUUUGAACUGUUGAAAAAUUACGUUUACUAUAGGAGGCGAAAUCCGGACAUAUUUCGGAAUUUACAUUUAUACUCCGAGGACGUUAGAAAGGCAUUGGAAAAUGGCCUACCAGGUGUUCUAAAAGAUAAAGACCGUAAAGGACGUUGCGUCUUAUUAUUAACAGCCACCAACUGGGACGGUUCCUACAGCUUAUUGACCAUCUACAGGGCGAUCCUGGUAGCCCUCGAACAUUUGACAAACGAAAUACACAAUCAAGCCAACGGGUUUGUAGUGAUCGUUGAUUGGACCGAGUUUUCUUACAGACAGAGUCUUUAUUUAAAACCAGCGAUAUUAAAGUUGAUCAUCGAAGGGCUACAAGACUGUUUCCCAGCCAAGUUUAAGGGAAUUCACUUUAUCGGGCAGCCUUGGUACGUGGACGCGGCCUUAACUAUGAUAAAACCUUUUUUAAAGGAGGAGAUCAAAGAGAGGAUAUUUAAGCAUGGGAAUAAUUUGAGUACGUUACACGAGCUGGUGCAUAAGGACGUUUUACCGGCCGAGUUAGGAGGCGAGCAGCCGAGUUAUAAUCCGAGUUCAUUUUUGGCUUCCCUAGACUCACAUAAGAAAGGCGAAGUGAACGGAAAUUGAAAUGAUAAGGGUUCUUAGCUGUGGCCAAAUCAAGUGGACAAAAAGGUCGUUAGAAGUUCGUUUUUUUGGGAAGAAGGCUCCUUUUUGGAACGGAUUUGUUAUGAAUCGAGAUAUUCCUGAUAUUGUGAUACAUUUGACUUUUAGAUUUGUAAAUACUAAGAAAGUGCGCUCUCUAGUAAGCAAAUAAUUGUAUAGUUCCGCACUUUUGUGGGCUUAUUUAAGAUAAUAAUAAUAGGUAUUCAUUAUGUACGCUUGAUAAUGUGAAAUAAAAACUUCUUAAUUAACA